UGUACAGAGGUGCGUUUGUGUCGACGCUGCCAUAUUCAGUCUAGUGCACUUGUUACGCGGAUGUUGAGGAAGUGGUGUUAGUGGCAUUGGAUGAGUAUCAUCCGCACUUGAUUCAGCACCGUGAGAAAUAGAAUCAAAUGCCGCGCUGCUAUGGACACGGUAGGCGUAUCGCACACGGACCCGCUCGAUGACUAUGAGCUAAUACACCGCAUAGGCAGCGGGACAUACGGAGAUGUUUUUAAGGCCCGUAGCAUCAAGACCUCAGUCAUUGCAGCCAUUAAAGUGGUCAAACUGGACCCUGGUGAUGAUAUUUCAAGCAUUCAAAGUGAGAUAACCAUGAUGAAAGACUGCACUCACAAAAACAUUGUCGCCUAUUUUGGCAGCUACCUAAGAAAUAACAAGUUAUGGAUCUGCAUGGAAUUUUGUGGAGGAGGGUCAUUGCAAGACAUUUACCAUGUCACUGGUCCUCUGAAAGAGAGACAGAUAGCUUAUGUUAGCAGAGAGACACUUCAGGGGCUACACCAUCUCCAUCAGACAGGAAAAAUGCAUAGAGACAUAAAAGGUGCCAACAUUCUUUUGACAGAGCGAGGGGAUGUCAAACUAGCGGAUUUUGGAGUGGCAGCUGAGAUCAACGCAUCUGUUGCUAAAAGAAAAUCCUUUAUUGGGACACCAUACUGGAUGGCUCCAGAAGUUGCAGCAGUGGAAAAGAAAGGUGGUUACAACCAGUUGUGUGAUAUCUGGGCAGUGGGCAUCACAGCUAUUGAGCUAGCAGAGCUACAGCCACCUAUGUUUGACCUACACCCUAUGAGAGCUUUGAUGCUGAUGUCCAAGAGCAGUUUUCAACCCCCAAAACUGAAGGAAAAGAACAAAUGGUCUGCAGAAUUUCACAGUUUCAUCAAAAUGGCUCUCACUAAGAACCCUCGGAAAAGGCCAACAGCAGAAAAGAUCCUACAACAUGCUUUUGUCAUGCAGCUCCUCACACGCAACCUUGUUAUAGAGCUGCUGGACACAGUCAAUAACCCUGAUCUGCAACAGACACAGACUAUGGAUGAGAGCGAUCUAGAGACAUGCAGUGUCCUACCAGAUAAGAUUCAUUCUUUAGCAAAACUUCCUGUUCAGAGGACUCUGUCAGAGCAGCAGUUUGACCAUGUGAAGUUUGGACUACCUAUGAGAAAGGAGACAGAUCCCUGUCCAGUUCUGGGGGCAUAUGAUGACUGGGGCUCUAUCAGCGCAGACAAAGACUCACCGAGUUUGUUAGAAUGUGUGGAAGAGGCCUUGAUGGAAAGGAGUUUAACUAUAAAGAGGGGCUCUUCAGUUGAGCACUCACCAAAUGAAGAGGAUAAAUAUGGGACUGUGAAGAGGGUGACCUCUUCUCCCCAGUCAACAGCCCAGUACCAUCAAGAAAAAAAAGCUCCCACUUCCUCUUCCAUCCCCUCGCCUCUUAUUAGCUCUACCUCUCUGAAGGACCCUGCCCUCAACGCUAACCCCAGCCUACUCAGUGAAUCGGCUUUGCUUAUUGGUUCAACUGACCUGUCGCUCCUCACAAACUCCUGCCUAUUCACAGACUCCUUUUUCCUCAGUCAUUCCACCAGUCUAGGUUCCCUCUGUUUAACUCCAACUGAAGGUUUGAUACCAGAGAGCUCUGUCACUCCAGACCCAGGAGGAACAAGGGCUUAUUCCACCCCACCGGACUCUCCUGUCUCUCCAAAAUGGAGCACUCUCAGAAGGAAACAGGAUGACUCUAAAGCUGUUGUCCAUGGACUGCCACCUACACCACAAGUACAUAUGGGGGCCUGCUUCUCUAAAGUAUUCAAUGGCUGUCCAUUAAAGACUCACUGUGCUGUUACAUGGGUUCUACCUAAGACCAGAGAUCAAUAUCUUAUGCUGGGUGCUGAGGAAGGGGUCUACACCCUCAAUCUCAAUGAAUUACAUGAGGACACUAUGGAAAAGCUGCUUCCACAGAGAUGUAGUUGGUUAUAUGUGAUGAACAAUGUCCUUAUGUCCAUCUCAGGAAAGUCAUCACAGUUGACUUCUCAUAGCCUGCCUGCACUGUUUGAGUAUCGCAGAAAUAUGCAACGUAGACAGGGACAUCUCGCAAUUAAUGCACACCGCUUGAGCACAAAGAUAAAUGCAAGGAAGUAUGCUAUGUCAGUAAAAAUCCCAGACACCAAGGGCUGUAGAAGAUGCAGUGUAAGUACGAACCCCUACAAUGACAGCGUUUUCCUAUGUGCCGCUGUGCCCACUGGAUUGGUUCUUCUCAUGUGGUAUGAACCUUUGCAGAAGUUCAUGCAGCUUAAGCACAUUGCUCUGAGUCUGCCAGAGUCCCUGCCUAUCUUUGAACCUGUGCAGGAAACUAAGGAGCUGCCACAGGUCUGUGUAGGGGUGAGAAGUUAUCCCCACCAAAAAGAAAUCUCUGGACAGAUGCACUUUGACAUCAUCCAUCUGGAUGACACACCACAGAGCCUGCCAGAUGGUGAGAAUUUGGAGGUCAAGCAAGUGAUUCAGCUUGACAGGGACACAGUUCUUGUCGCACUGGAAAACACUGUGAAGGUUGUUAAUUUGCAGGCAUGCAUGAGCCAUCAGAAGACCCCUGAACUAGAUUUUGAGUUUUCCAUUCACAAACUGGUGUGCCUUCAGGACAGUGUUCUUGUCUUCUGGAAGCAUGGUCUAAAAGGAAAGAGUUUACAAACUAAUGAGGUUACACAGGAGAUCACAGAUAAAAGUAGAGUUUUUCAAGUUUUGGGAACAUCUAGGGAUAUUAUUUUGCAAAGUACUCCUACAGAUGAUCCGUCUGCCAUGAGCAACCUAUACAUACUCACAGGGCAUGAAAGCAGCUACUGAGGGGUCUGAGAUGCUGAGAAAGUUCAGAGAUGGAAACACUACAAUAGUCCGUCCUUCUCCACUGAAAGGGUAGUGUCAUCCGUUCCAAAAAUUUCAGGAACAGAGCAAGACGUAGAGUUAUGUACACCAGUUCUACAGAUUUUUUGAGGAGUCAUGUUCCACAGAGCCUUUGAGGACUAAAGACUGGAUUUGGAGCAGAUUUGACGGCUCUGGAAUUAACCAUGAGAGAAUAUGAGCUGUGUACCUACACUAUAGUUUGAAAUAACUUAUGAAACAAGCUGUUAUAGGUGACUGACUGUACUACUGAGAUUUUUUUUUA